GAUAUGUAAAUACAGUAAAAAACAAGGAGGGUAAAAGCGACAAUAAUGCCACUGUCCCACGUCCCACCACCACUUUCUCUCUCUAGAAACUAAUAAAAAGGAAUUCUUGAAUAUCUUCUUUAAUUUUUCUCUCUCUCUCUUAAUACGCAUAUUCAGAGUGGGUUGUGAUUAAUUAAUUAAAUGGUGCAAGCAAAAUCUACUUUUUGGUGCGGAGAUCAGAAGAAUUUGAUGCUUUGAUGUGGUUGUUCAUGGUUGGAUUGUUGAAGGAAAAAAGGUGCAAUCUUUAAGUGGGGUUUUCUUAAUUUUGGGGAUUUUUAAUUUCUUGAAAUUAGAAAGGAAAGAGGGAUAUUAAUUAGCAGAUGUUAUCCAGUGAUGAGAGGGUUUCUGCUUGUAAUAAUCAGCACCAGUUUGAGGUAGAUCUGUUCAACCCACUUCCCAAAUUCUCCAUUAGAGAUUACGUGUCGAGUACACGGGACGAAGAUAUCGAGACUCAUUGGCCGUUUUCUUCGAAAAGCUUGCAUCUUUGUCUGAACCACGGUGUGAAGGAUGUGUUGCCACCUUUUCAGACAAUUGAAUCUGUAAGAAAUAUUCCUCUGAAAUUCGAUUCUGUCGAUGUCGUCGGCCGAAAGCUAGAUUCGGAUAUUGAGAACAGCCAAUCGAGUUUGUUUCUUGAAGAUAAAGAAUAUCCAUUACCAACCAAUACGGUCGAAAUCAAUACUAAAAACCCGGUGAAAAAGUGCAGAUUGACUGUACAAUCGAGCAACUUCUCCGAACCAAAGUCGAAGGAAGACACGAUUAUUAUGACGACAAUGGCUUCAAAAGUGUGCCCGGUUUGCAAGAAAUUUACGUCCUCUUCGAACACUACUUUGAAUGCUCAUAUUGAUCGAUGCCUUUCCGAGGAAUCGAAAGUCGAACAUACUGCAGAUUCGAGAGUGAUGGUUAAGCAUAGAAUGAAGCCUCGAAAAACGAAACUGAUGGUGGAUAUAUACGCAACAUCGCUCAGCUCUACGUUAGAGGAUCUCGAUCGAAGAAACGGGACGAAAUGGACUUCAUCGAAUUUGGAUUUUUCAGCACAUCAUGAAGAGAAGAAUGAUGCUGUAUAUUAUGACUCUAAUGGCACAAAGCUUCGUAUUUUAUCCAAGUUUGUCGAAAGAGAUCGUAAAGAAAGCAAGCUUGUUUCGACCAAGAAGAAUAAGUAUCUUGCUCGGAGAAACACGAUUCCGAAGGUCAACGUUAAUGGCGAGGAAAGAAAAUAUCCUUCUGAAGACGACGAGGAUUCGGCAAAACAGCCACGAAAAGUCGAACAUCAGCUGGAAUCCAACGAUUUCGGAAUGAUAAAGCAAUGGGUGGGGUCCACCAAAAGAACUGGUCUUAAAAAGAAAAUAAAUCCGGAGCAAGAAAAUCAGCAUCGAGACAUAAUCAUGAAGGACUUACAAGCAAAUUAUAGACUUCCAUCGGUUGUGGAUAAGUUAAACAAGAGGACGAGCGACUCGAGUUUAUCUUCUCGGCACAACAAGAAAAUCAGAAGUACUAUCAGUCCAAGAAUCGUGAACUCUGAGCGCCGCCAGCAUUACACGUCAGCAUCGGGUGACGUGGCAGCGGAAGAACCGGUGAAAAAUGCAGCUCAAAUGGAAAAAGCUUCAUCAAGUAGUAGUCAUAGAGUUGAGAAGAACGUUGACCAUGGUCCAGCUGGCACAUCCACUGUCGUCCUAGAUCAUGCCAUAAAGGAGGUUGAAAAUCGGGAUGAAUUUGUUUGUGGGCCCAUUAAUCCGAAUAAUAAUAUAGGUUUUGGUGAGUCUUUGAUCAGUUCUGGUUUUCUUGUAAUUAAUGGUGAUGAAGAAGGGCAAGGAAACUAUAACUUUGCUGAAGUGGAUCCGAUACCGAUACCUGGUCCGCCAGGCUCGUUUUUGCCGAGCCCCGAGCGUAUUCCCUCGACAGUACUUCAGGCAAAUAGUUCAUCACUAACCACAUGCAGAGUGCAUUCCUUCGAAAACGAGCAUGAAUUGGUGGAAAGGGAUUCAUCGGAUUCUCCAAUUUCUGCUGUAUCUAACUCUGUUCCUCAAGAAUCGAAACUUGACGAUGAGUCAUCAUCAUCGAGGGCGAAUUCGGUAUUUCACGAAACGAAUAGCAAGAACGGUCAACCUUGCUGUAGUUCAAGAAAGGAGGGCGUUUUAGUAACUGAUCAAUACAGUCCAUCGUCCGGUAGUACUUGUAAUCCCGUUCUCCGAUUGAUGGGGAAAAAUCUAAUGGUGGUGAAUAAACAAGAAAAUAUCUCGCCCCCUCAGAUUGAGUACCGCCCCCAUAAUCAUCAUCCACAAACACGUAAGCACGACGUGCAGCACUUUGAUUAUUGCACUUCCUUCGAAUAUGGUUCGAGAGUCCAUACUAACUUCGGCACACCAGAAUAUUCCCCACAUGAGCAUCCAUCAAGAACCAUGCUUUCUAGCAAGAGCUUUGGUGGAGGGUCGAAUUAUGAUUUUACCCCUGAUCGACGAAUCGGCACUCCCAUUAGGUACGAAGUUGCGGGAAAUGAAUCGAGGAAUACUGUCAAUAAUACAUUCUUUAGCUAUCAGAAUCGGUCGUGUGAUUAUCCAAUCCAUAGCGGAUCUCGAAUAUUUCGGAAUGCAAAUGAACAAAGGCCGCCUUUUGAGGUGAAUUGGAAUCGCACUUGAAAUCUUUCGGUGUAUAUUUUCUCGUACAAUGUUGUUGUUGUGUUUAUUGUCGAAGUUUUACGGGAUAUCUGACUUGCGUAAUUAUAUAUAUAUCGAUGGCUAGAGUAAUCCUAGGUAAAGAAAGAAGCUCUUUAUUAGAGGUGUUGUAAGAGAAAUUCUUGAAUAAUGAGUUAAACCCUUUUGAUAUUUUUAUUU